ACUGAACUCAAACAACGCAACACACACACAACACGUACACGGGCGACUGUACUGUGUUUGAUUUUUUCGCAAUUUUUCUGUUGGCUGAAACCAAGGCCGUAUAAGAGGCUGAAACUGUACUAGGGCGGAAAACUUCGGGAAAAGUUAUAUGGUUCUGGGUGCAGCUUUAAUUCAUUAGCUAUGGCUGGCAAUGCACUCAAACGUCUGAUGGCGGAGUACAAACAGCUUACCCUGAAUCCACCCGAGGGAAUAUUGGCUGGGCCCAUCAAUGAAGAAAACUUUUUUGAGUGGGAGGCACUCAUUACAGGACCUGAGGGGACCUGCUUUGAUGGAGGAGUGUUCACGGCAAAGCUGACCUUUCCACCAGACUACCCACUGAACCCACCCAAGAUGCAAUUCUGCUGUGAAAUGUUUCAUCCCAACAUUUACGCCGACGGCCGUGUGUGCAUCUCAAUCCUGCACGCGCCGGGCGACGACCCAAUGGGCUACGAGACCUCGGCAGAGCGCUGGAGCCCCGUGCAGAGCGUCGAGAAGAUCCUGCUCUCGGUGGUCAGCAUGCUGGCAGAGCCAAACGACGAGAGUGGCGCGAACGUGGACGCCGCCAAAAUGUGGCGCCAAGACCGCGAACAGUUUCAGAAGAUCGCCCAGCGGCUGGUGCGUAAGUCGCUCGGGUUGCCGCCGCCCUGAGAGGGACAGAUACGAUAUAGCGGAUAUGUUCUGUACCCAGCGGUCAUGGACAGGUCAGGGGGGAGGGGUAUACACACAGGAGGGGCACGGGCGAUAACCCACGGGCGACGGUGCGAUACCUGGCUGGUGAGAAAGUGUAGAAAGUGGUUCUGUGGCGCUGAAUACGUCCAGGGAGCUUCCAGUGUGAUGAUGACACGACAAAACAUGAGAUGAUAUAGGUACCUAAUUCGUCCGCCGCAAAUGGUAAUGGUUUUGUUGGUGUGUACCGCGGGGACCUGGUAUAAAGUACUGAGGUAUGACAGGCCCGAGGCCCUAAGUUCUUCCACGCCAGCUUUUCCAUCAUAAAGUUAUUACGUUGUGGUACGUGAUGCGCGUGCCACGGAAGUGUCCGAGCCGCUUGUUAUAUUUAAAAUGGUAUAUAUGUGUCUGUAUACAGAGAAUCGCUAAGUUGUAUGGUAGUCGUGCUUUUCAUCAUGUCAGGUUAAUUUGUGAACGGCGAGGACUGUUAGUUGGCCCGGAGCGAACUUUCACUUUUUUGUUAAUACGACAUCGAUGGUUCGGAAAUGUAAUUGAAAUCAGAGCCUCAGGUGUGAAUAAGAGUACAUGUAUGGGCAACGAA